GCCACAAUCACCCUUCGACUACCGCGCCCUCCGGAUAUCGGUGACAAGUAUAGCAGUCGGCACGGUCAGAAAGGAAUCAACAGUUUGCUCGUGCCUAGCGAAGAGAUGCCAUGGACCGUGACGAGCGGUAUCGUACCGGAUUUGAUUUUCAACCCGCACGGUUUCCCCACCCGUAUGACGAUGGGCAUGAUGAUUGAAUUUCUGGCUGGCAAAUCAGCUGCACUUACAGGCAAACGAGUAGACGCUACUUCGUUUCAAUGGACCGAAGACAAUCCACCUUUCACUGAUUACUGUGAAGAAUUGGCCAAACACGGGUUCAACUACUGGGGUACUGAAAUGAUGAUGUCCGGCUGUAACGGACGUCAAUUAGAGGCGCACAUCUACAUCGGUGUGGUGUACUAUCAGCGUCUGCGACACAUGGUCGCUGAUAAAUACCAAGUCCGAGCUCAAGGCCGAUUCGAUCCUAUUUUACGUCAGCCCAUCAAAGGUCGUAAACUGGGUGGUGGUAUCCGUUUGGGUGAGAUGGAACGUGAUUGUUUGCUAUCUCAGGGUUUGACCUUCACACUACAAGAUCGAAUGGUAGACUCGAAUUGCGAUUCAGUAACGAUGCUCGCCUGCUCCAAAUGUGGCAGCUUGUUGCACGCGGAUCUAUCACGGAAUGUUGUGAGUGACUCCGACGGGAGUCUGACUCUAUUGGGCAAGGGUUCUGCUUGGCAUUCUGAACCGAACUCGGGACCGUUCGAUCGAACCUAUUGGAGUUGUCGUUUGUGUGACCGCUCCGAGGAGGGCACUUCCAAUCCUGAGCUAACCGGUGCUAAUAAGUCUCAUUUGAAGCGUGUCAAAGUGCCUGCAUCGUUCCGCUAUUUAACUUAUGAAUUGGCUUGUUUGAAUGUACAAACCCAGUUAGCUGUUGGCGAAUUAGUUUAG